AUGUUGGUUGAUAAGAAGAAAACGAUUGAUUUUCUAGCCGACGCGAUAAGAAUUGUCAUGGAUCGAAACGCCUCGGAAAAUAAGAUUAAGGAAUUAGGUAAGGCUAUGAAGUCAAGAUUGGCUGACAAGAUGCUGCUAGAAAUCGACCCCGAUUUGAUUGGCAAGAUAAUUUCGGGCUUUGAAAAAACAUUAGAUGAGUCCUCUACGGACCAGGAAUUGCUGGUUGAGUGGCUGGUUACGGCAAUGGAGGAUAUCGUGGAUCACACGCAAGUCUUGGGCAAGAAGCCAAGCACAAUGGAGAACAUUGUCAUGACUUUCAAACCGUUGCUUGUUAAAAUCCAGAAGUUGAAGCCAUUGGUUGAUGUUCCUGUUCUGAAUGACAAACAAAUCGUGGCUAUAAACAAGAACUCGAUUAAAGAGCUUGUCUCAGCCGUCAAGCAGAGUAUGACUGACAAGAAAGUCUUAGAUGACAAUCAAGUCAAGACUGACAAACUGGUCUUCGCAUCUAUGGGAACUCUUCUUCCAUUAUUAGAUGGAAGAAGCACGAUGCCUGACAUCAUAGCGUCUGCUGUUAAAUCCGAAUCCAAAGAAUUACAAGCUCUAGGCUCCACGUACGAAGACAUUUACCUUGAUCAAUUGAUUGAAGUCAGUGAGGCCCAAAAAAUCUGGCACGACAUGGGAUUGGUAUAUUAUAUCAACACUCUCGGUACGGAUAACGAGGCAAAACUCGCCAUCACAAAACUGUUGAUCAAGCUUAACGAUAAAGGAGGCGCUUCUCUUGUGGACGAUGUCGUGAAGACGAUGAAUGAUCUGAAUAGUAGCUAUUUAUAUAAGUAUCUACAUCGGGCCGCUCUUUUCAUCACGAAAAGGAAAGCAAUCGAUGUGCUUAAGAAACUGGUUAUGCGACUUUUGACGAAUAUCCAGCGAUUACAGUCCAGUACUUGCGGACAGUGA